AUGACUUCUAGAUCUGAUCCACGUGAGAUGAAACCUCCUGAUUACGAUCAAUCAACACUUUUAUUGCCGUUUGCCGAUGCCCCCAGUAUAGUACAAGCGCACCAAAAGGAUAAACAAACGGAGGCUAUUCUUUCUGUGAAGCUGGAGAGGUUCUUCAGAAGUUUAAAAGGGCAACUGUUUACAAAUGCAUGUACCGAGGAGAUUUCCAUUGUGGCAAAACUGAUGUAUUUUGGGCUGACUACCCUCGCAGGCAGCAAGACUUUGGGCGAGGAGUAUGUGGAUCUUGUCUAUGUGAGCCGCACGGGAAAAGAACUGGUAAAACGGUACAAGAAACUAUUGUUUGUUCUGUCGUAUGCCUUGGGACCUCUUGUCGUGAGCAGGAUUCUUAGAAGGUGGGGUUCUGGCAGCGAUGAUAGUGAUUCCAAAGAUAAGACGUAUUCAUACAGAAGAAUAUUGGAUAUCUUUUUGAAUGUACAUCUGGUACUGUUUUACUUCAGUGGUUCGUAUUACGAUGUCAUCAAGAGAAUAUUGGGUAUGAGAUAUGCAAUAGGGCACAAAGUCAACCCCAAUGAAGCUAAAUUCAGGACUUCAAACUCUAAUACUUACAAGUUCCUGGGUCAUAUACUGCUUUUAAAGGUAGCAAGUGAGAAACUACCAGCUACUUUACAAUAUUUGAAGAAACUCUUGGUGUCGGAAGGCACUGAUAGUGCGAAUGAUAUGAAAGUGUGCGGAGGAAAUGGCGUAGACGCAUCACACUAUUAUAUUAAGGGGAUACCGGAUGAAUCUCGAUUGUCGCAUAUAGAUCUAUCCGACAAGUCUCAAUUACCUUUCAUUCCCGAGGUCUCUAGGACAUGCAUUUUGUGUUUGAACUUAAUGGUAGAUCCAAGCUGUACACCAUGCGGUCACUUAUUUUGUUGGAACUGUAUAGUUAGCUGGUGUAAGGAAAGGGCCGAAUGUCCGUUGUGUCGUCAAAAGUCGCAUCCACAGCAAGUUUUGUCCAUUCGAUAG